AUGGCGCCGCGGCCGCUAAGCCCGUUGGUGCUGGCGCUGGGUGGCGCGGCGGCCGUGCUCGGUUCGAUGAUCUUCAUCCUCUGGAAGACCUACUUCGGCCGCGGACGGGAGCGGCGCUGGGACGGCGAAGCCUGGUGGGGCACGGAGCCUGCCCGCCUUCCGGAGUGGGACGAAUGGGACCCCGAGGACGAGGCGGACGAGGAGCCGGCGUUGGAGGAGUUGGAGCAGCGCGAGGUGCUGGUGCUGGGGCUGGAUGGCUCUGGGAAGAGCACGUUCCUGCGUGUGCUGGCCGGGAAGCCACCGCUGGAAGGCCACAUCCCCACCUGGGGCUUCAACUCCGUGCGGCUGCCCACCAAGAACUUCGAGGUGGACCUGCUGGAGAUCGGUGGCAGCCAGAAUCUGCGCUUCUACUGGAAGGAGUUUGUGAAUGAAGUGGAUGUGCUGGUGUUCAUGGUGGACUCGGCUGACCGGCUGCGGUUGCCCUGGGCCCGACAGGAGCUGCACAAGCUACUGGACAAGGACCCUGACCUGCCUGUCGUCAUCGUGGCCAACAAGCAGGACCUGAGCGAGGCCAUGAGUAUGGUGGAGCUGCAGCAGGAGCUGGGCCUUCAGGCUGUCGAUAACCAGCGGGAAGUCUUCCUCUUGGCAGCCAGCAUUGCCCCUGCAGGAGCUGGCUUUGAAAAUCCUGGCACCGUGCACAUCUGGAGACUGCUCCUGGAGCUUCUCUCCUAG